AUGGAGACAACAAGGGCACUGACUCCUGCCCCUAUGAAAAAGGUUGCCGAAACUGCUAUGACUCGUGCUGACAUCGAAGCUGGGCCCUCAGUGCCCACAGGGGUAGAGCCUGCUGUAACCGAGCAGAUAGCUGAGCAAGAAUCUCCAGAUACUGCUGAACUCUCACCGCUGCCUGAGCCAUACGACCCCCUAGCCGAUCCCGUCAUGAAAGAAGCGCUGGAUGAAGUCCAGUCGAACUGCACGUCUGCACAUGAGAUCCCCAACAAUUGUGACGGCGCCGUGCCGGCGUCGCUAAUUCUCGACGUGCAAACGAAUCCCCCCGGUGGCCCGGUCGUCAUCGUCACCGCCGCUUCCACCACCAGCUCAUCCAUCUCCGGCAUUCCCCGCAACGUCUCCACCCCCCCCAUGGCAUCCCCUCCGCCCUCUCCAUCUCCCGCCGCGCUCAUCGCGCAUCUCGCCGCUGUGCUCUCCUCCCCGGACUGGCGCUUCCACCCCUCGCUCCCGCAACUCCCUGCCCUCCUCGCGCCGUCCCUACCCCGCACACUCCUCGUCCCGUUGCCGCUCCGCCUCGCGGCCGCAGUCGCCCGCGCCGCCGCGCCGUCCCGCCACCUCCUCGACAUCUCACUCCCGGUCGUGCUCCGCCUCCACGCCCUCUCCCCGCCGCCGCUCCGUCCAUUCUUCGACCGUCCCUUCCGCUCCCUCCUCACCCACUUCUCCCGCUACGCGCUGACGCCGCUCAUGCUCCGGCUGUUCGCCCACAUGUACCGCCACGCCCCGCCUGCACCCACGGGUGCUACCUACAAUGCACUCAUCCGUGCCCUCUGCCGCCGCGCCGAUCUCCGCCACGCCCAACGGUACCUCAGCCUCAUGGUCCGCUCCGGUUGGCGCCCCGACGCUUUCACGUUCAACUCUUUGAUAUUGGGUUACUGUCGCACGCAGCAGCUGGAAGUGGCCCAUGACUUGUUCUGCAAAAUGCCGUUCAGAGGAUUCUCACAAGAUGCGGUUUCUUACGCUGCUCUGAUCGAAGGAUUUUGUGAGGCAGGCAGGAUCGAUGAGGCACUGGAGUUGUUCAGGGAAAUGACGCAACCAGACAUGUACACACACGCGGCCUUGGUAAAGGGGCUGUGUGAUGCCGGAAGAGGAGAGGAGGGUCUAUGUAUGCUGCAGAAGAUGAAGGAGCUGGGAUGGAGGCCAACCACUCGUGCAUAUGCAGCACUGGUCGAUUUAUGGUGUAGGGAGCAGAAGGCUGAAGAGGCUGAGAAAAUACUGAAUGAGAUGUUUGACAGUGGGUUGAUGCCUUGUGUUGUAACAUGCACAAUUGUCGUGAAUGCCUACUGCAGGGAGGGGAGGAUGAGUGGUGCAGUGAGGGUGUUUGAAUCCAUGAGGUUUAAAGGGUGUGAACCAAAUGUCUGGACAUACAAUGCAAUUGUGCAAGGUUUCUGUAAUGCUGGGAAAGUGUACAAAGCAAUGGCUUUGUUGGACCAGAUGAGAGAAUGUGGAGUAGAGCCAGAUGUUGUGACAUACAAUUUGUUGAUUCGAGGCCAGUGCAUUGAUGGUCAUAUAGGAAGCGCUUUCAGAUUACUCCGUUUGAUGGAAGGAAAUGGUUUAGCUGCUGAUCAGUACACUUACAAUGUGUUGAUUGAUGCUCUGUGUAAGACUGGGAAAGUUGAUGAAGCUUGCUCUCUUUUUGAUGGCCUAGAAUAUAGAGGCAUAAGACCUAAUUCUGUGACAUUCAAUACGGUGAUAAAUGGGUUAUGCAAGGCUGGUAAAUUCGAUGUUGCGUGCACAUUUUUGGAAAAUAUGAUUUCAGCUGGUUAUGCACCAGAUACCUAUACAUAUAGCCCAUUCAUUGAAAAUCUAUGCAAGACGAAGGGAUCACAAGAAGGAUUAUUCUUUAUAGAUGAGAUGCUACAAAAAGAUGUCAAGCCUUCAACGGUGAAUUAUACAAUUGUAAUCAACAGACUUUUCAACGAGAGGAACUAUGGGUUAGCCACAAGGAUUUGGGGGCAAAUGGUGUCACAGGGGUGUAGUCCUGAUGUUGUCACUUAUACUACUUCUGUGCGGGCAUACUGCAAUGAAGGCAGGCUUGAUGAAGCAGAAAAUGUUGUGACGGAGAUGAAAAAAUGUAGGACCAUUGUAGAUGCAAUGGCAUAUAACACUUUGAUUGAUGGCCAUACAAGUAUUGGACAGACAGAUCGUGCAGUUACAAUCUUGAAGCACAUGACGGGUGUUGCUUCUAUGCCAAAUCAUUUUACCUUUUUUAUCUUGCUUAGACAUCUUUUACAGAGGAGGCUAGCAGAACAUGUACCUUUGAAAGCAACUUCUGUGUGGAAGACUAUAGAGCUUGCUGAUGUCUUUGAAUUAUUUGAGCUAAUGAAGAAGAACAGCGUCCCUUCUAGUGCAAGAACUUAUUUGUCCAUUCUGGAGGGGUUUUCUGAAGAAAGAAGAUUGGAUGAGGUGACUUCCUUGGUUUCUCUUAUGAAAGAAGAGAAUCUACCUCUGAAUGAAGAUAUAUACAAUGCUCUUGUUAAUUGCUUUUGCAAAUUAAGGAUGUAUUCUGAUGCUUGGGCAUUGCUUUGUUCCAUGAUUGGACAUGGUUUUUUACCAAACUUAAUAUUUUACCAGUAUCUGCUUUCUGGGCUUACUGCUGAGGGACAAGCAGAUAGGGCUAAAGAAAUUUUCAGAAGUUCGAGAUGGAAAGAGUACAAUACCGAUGAAAUUGUAUGGAAAGUUAUAAUUGAUGGCUUCAUAAGGAAGGGUCAUGCAGAUAUGUGCCAUGACAUGAUAUCCAUGUUAGAACAGAUGAAAUGCAAACCAAGUGAUGAAACAUAUGCAAUGCUGACAGAGGAAUUGCCCACCAGGGAAUAGCCUGUGCCAAGCAAUGCACGCCAGAAUUGCAUAGAUCAUGGAUCGUUGGAUGCACAGUCACACUGUGUUCAUGCCCUCAAAGGUAAUUAUUUGACUCUUAUAUUGUUGUGUACUAGUGUUGUGAUGUUUCAUUGUGUGUUUUAUAAUGCCCUGCCGAAAGCUUUUGAAGUAGAUAUUUCAUAUCAAAUUUGUUUUGCUCCACACAUGACCACGAGUAACCUUUAACUUUAUGUUGACUGAGCAAUACAAAAGUAAAAGCCCAACACUAUGGAGAAAUAGUUCAGUAAUGGUGCAUGAAUUCUGACAAUUCUUAAAAGACAACAUAACUGCUUGACACAUGUUUCAUGAGCUUUCCGGAUUUGUCCUUGUACAUUUUUUGUUCAAUAUGGUACAGAUUUUUAAAGUCAAAGCGUUAGUUCAAUAAACUUAACUAUUAACUUUGUUUUUUUAAUUUAAAAUGCAAAGAAUAAUAUUUCCUAUGGAAUCACAAUCAUCAAUCUGGACAGGAUAGACCCACACUGCUGGCGGCUUGCACAUGAGUAGGGUUUGGCGAUGGAAUAACCGAGACAGAUUUAAUCCCUGCAUUUUAAAGAGAGGCUACGUCGAACCUAGAACCUUUGGGCUUAGUGGAAAGACUUCUCACCAUUACGCUGAGCCGUUCCUUCACAAUCAUCAAUAUGGAAUUAUGUUUAAUUUUUCUAGAACUGUGCAUCAUUGGAGUUCUGUAGAAUGGUGCUGCUGACUUGCCUGAGAAGCUAAACGUGGGACUUCUGACUGUUUAUUUAUGCAUUUCGAGUUUUGACAACUCGAGGGAGUUGAUUUCUGCUGGAGCCACAAGUGCAUAUCAGGUUUUCACUUCCUACAAGAUUUUAUCAAAAGAAAAAGAUUGGUAGGUAUUUAUGGUUUUUGAACAUCCCUUAUCUUAGUACCAUGUGUAAUCGAGCCAGUCCAAGAGAAUUGUAGAUGGACACGUUCAUUGCACGGUUUAGGAAAAUAGUUUGUAGUUGUGCUAAAAAAAGUAUCAGUUUUGUAGAGCAUUAGAAUAACAAGAGAGCCAAUAAGCCAUCUUCAGCAUUUACAAUUUUAUGGGGAAACAUUCUUAAGAUUUUCUUCUUAUUCAAUUCUAAGAUCAAUAUAGGUUGAUUUGAGUACAUAAUUCGUGAGAGAAAAUAAAUACUAAUUGUUCAUUUGGUUUGAGGCAUAUGAUGGGUGUAAAAGUAAUGGCUGAUCUUAUAUAUUGAAAGCAUAUAUACACUUGUUGUCUUUUGCUUAAUAUUUAUGACCGGAUUCCCUAUUAUAAUAAGGGAGUGUUUGGAUGUCUUCAGCUAAAAGCAGGUAAUAGCUAAACUGUUAGCUAGACAGUUUAAAUGUCUCCAACUAAUUUUAGUAGGUAGCUAUAGUGUACUCAAACAUGACCUACUAUAUGCUGGAAGCUAGAAGAGUGGAAGUGGCCAUUAGCCGGGUUCUCUUACCUUUCCUUUUGCUUUUUGCUGCUGCUGCACCAGGAUAAAAAAAAUAUCAGUUUGGAUUUAGUGCAGGAUGACUCUAUCGACGCAGCGCAUGACUCCUGAAUCACGAUUGAAAAUCUCGUUCGGUUUCUGGCGUUAUCGCUAUGAUCUUGUGCACCGACACAUGAGACCCGCAAGAUAGGGUUUCCCGCUCGUGCGCUUGUGACACUGUGUCGUUUACCUGUGUCCGCUUUGGACCUUGGUCAGCAGCGCUCGGCUGGACUCCUUUUUCGCCUAGCCAUGUCCCCCCACGCUGUCUAGACCCUUUUUCACCUAGUCACGAUCGGGUUGGUGGCGAGGCCUUGGGGCGAGUAAGGGAGCAUCGCAAGAUCAAGUGGAAUGUGCACGAGUGCGUAGAUGGGCAUGAGAUCUUUUGGAGCACAAGAAAGUCGAGCAAAGGAGCCGAGCGUCAUGGUGGAGCCUCCGUUCGCCAUGGUCAGCACUUGUCGUCGCCUCAACCAUUGGUAUGUCUCCUUGAAUGUGUUCGCUAAGGUUUUUGCAUGAUGUCGCAGUAGGUAGCAUGGUAAAUCAUGCACUAGGGGCGAUGGCACAUCAUGUCGGCGAGCUCGCCGCCGUAGGGGCGGGUGCUCCGUCGCACUGAGCGUUGUUAGGGGACAAAGACACAUCGUGAUCAUUGAUUCGACAACGAGCGGAUAUGAUUAUAACGAGGAUAACAGUUCGGUGUGAUUAGGUCGGAACCGUAGAUCGUUAGAUGAAUGGUCCAGAGCGCGCACGAGUAGCCGGCCGAGCUGUUUUGCUAGACAUACCCUGAUGUUUAUAACAAAUAACUCGUAGUCCGCCUGAAUUUAAAUAUCAUUACACAGGUCCCUGUCUUUCAUAGAUUAGACCCUGAACUUCAUAAACAUGGAACCCGCCAUCCUAGCAGAGAAGGUUUACACCAAAGCCCUCAACUUUGUAUAUAUAAUUAUGUGUAGGUCCAUGGAAUUCACAAAUAAGUCCCUAAAAAUAACCCAUACACUUGUUUAUUUCAUAUUUUUGCGUUUUAACUCCGAUUUUGGUGGUUCUUGAACCUACGAAUUCAUCUCAAUGCAUGUAUUAGUCUUACAUAGUUUGUUUCAUUGUUUGGUGUAAUCCUAUUUUUAUUUAUUGUUUGCCUAUUUAUUUGUAUUGCUGCGAGUAGAAGAGUGAGUUUACAAGGAACCUUGAUGAGCACAAAAAUGUGCAGCUGGAUGGUCCGGCCUGCAUGCCGGACGGGCCGUGGGAGCGGUGCAGACGGUCCGCGUGUGGAUAGAAUCAAUUAGGGUUCCUGAUUUGUUGCGGGAUUUGUUAGCAAAUUCCAUGGGAUUUGUUUGGAAACCGACUUGUAACGGGUUGAGACCUCACCCUUAUAUAAACGAAGGGGUACGACCGAUUGACACGCCAUAAUUGAUCCAAUCAAAUCUAUUUAUCAAAUCUACCUUAUUUGCAUUGUUUUUUUCUUUUCAUUAGGAGUAGGAGUAACCUAGCCUUAGUUUAGCCCUAGUAUUACUUUUCCUCCACCUUUUUCUUCACCUCUCUUCGGCUCGACGUCAUCUAGAGGCGUCUUGGGUGGCCUAUCGACCCCAAGACAACCCUAUGAUCUCUCCUCCUCGACGAGGUCCCUCCCGGGAGGCAAGAUUCAGGUUCCUGCGAAGAAGACCCUGCGCCGUCGCGGACCGUCCUGCCCAGAGAGCAAACCGUCCUGCACGCGACCAGAGGAGACUCGCUCCUGUAGCGAGGUCGCGGACCUCUCGUGCUCCUACAGAGAGCACCGUCAGGUUAUUUUAUCUAGUGUUUGGUACCACAUCGGAGCCAGUACACUUUUUGGUGAUUCCGCUAGGGGCGAAGAUUGCAAAUCUACAAAAAUCGGUUUCUAUGUCCGAUUCUAAAGGUCUCAACGAUGUUUCUCUAGACAGCGACACAAGGCUAACUAAUUUAUCGGCCAUUGAGCAUGAGGAAUUAAAAGAGUACAUAAAGAAGUGGGACGAGGAGUUCUAGCGACAACAAGCUUAGAAGCAUGAGGGGAUGGAGAAGCGGUACCUCUCGCGCUUCAGCAUAGAUUGCCACCAGAAGGUCGUCCGGGAGAAUGAAAUAAACUGCGAUUCACUGUCAGCUUGUUGCAGCAACUCCCCAUUGUAAGUGACACCGCAUCAUUCGAUGAUAUUCAAUCUAUUAAAAUUUCUUUUGAUAACCGGAUUGAAAGUAUGACAUAGGAUAUAGAGAAAAUGACGCAUGCAUUUGUAAAAUCUCAUACGCCUAAUUUUUUGUCACAUGAAUUGGGCACCGAAACAAUUGUGCCAAACACAUCGACAACAAAUGUGUUUUCUCAGUCCCAACUAUAUUAUGAUAUGUCGAUGAACUUGUAUCCGGGGAAACUGUAGUUGUCUUCUUCAUUAUACGGUGGAUCGGCUCUGAGCACGACCAGACAGUCUACGCACGAUCUCAGACCGUUUGGCCCUUCAUCGGACCGUUCGACACCUUAUGCCGGACAGUCCGAAGUCACACGGAGCCCACCACAAUGCUCGAAGGUGAAGCCUGGUCACACAGGUCGGACCAUCCGGAAUAUCGAAGUCACCUGUGACCGUUCUAGACUUCUAGUGCAGAAGACCGACAAAAAGAUAGUUGGCCACCUGAGCCCUAGGAUGAAUAUCACGACAAUGGUAGUUCAGGGGAUGGAAAAAGUUACAUGUCGCUAAGCUUGUUUGGCCUACUAAGACUAAAUCUUCUGCUCACUCUCACCUGCACUUGGCACAAAAGGGGAAAGUUAAGUUCACAUUUAGUGUUGCUAAGUGUGAUAAAAUAUUUGAUGAGUUACUUAAGAAUGACAACAUUAAAUGUCGCAUACAAUUCCCUCGAUAGAAGAAUGGAAAAGAUGUGCGUAUUGUAAAAUGAGGCCUUGACUCUGUCCCCUAGUAUUUACCAUCUGGAGGGUUAGAAAAUGAGGCCUUAGAAAAGAUGCAAAUGGUAAGGAUUUUGGUAAAACUAUCUUGAACACAGUAUCAUUCUGAGUUCAAAUAGAUUAUAAAAGCUCUUGUGGUCAUCAAUCCACAAGACCUAAACACUCAAUCAAAGAUCCAACUCAUUCAUUUAUUCAAACAUCAAACCAUUACAUCAUUUAAUAAUAGCAACAUUGUUCUAAUACACUUUUAUUCCUUAGCCCUGCUCCUAUUACAUCUCAAGGGAAACCUAGAUGGGUACAGACAUCGAAGUGAUGGUAUGGGAGAGCUGGGUGCUCUGGUGAGUUUGCUGGAUCCAUAUCUGGUUGGUGUUGUCCUCCGUUAUCCAGCUAAGUCUAUAGUCUGGCAUACUUCCUCCUUAUGUAGUCAAGCUCUAUUAGGGCAGCAUCAUGCUCUGUGUUCAAAGUUGUAGUGUACUCUAGCAAAGUCUCUAAGCGAAUGUUGCCCUCUGUUGUGCCCGAGUGGAUUCGGGUGAGAACCUAUCUAGACCGACGCUGUGGGUAGUACCUGAAAGCAGUCUGGCUUAGAGCAUUGCGGUUCCGGUAACAGAAAGAUGACAUGGCCAACAGAGCUAUGUCAUUGAUCCCUACGCCAAAGUUGGCUCGAGCGGGGAUGGCAUAGUGGUGUCCUCUCACGAGUUGACCUCCAAAGUGUCACACUCGGAUUUAAGGGCAAACCCGGGCGGGUCUCAAAUGUGUGCUAGGAUCAAGUCUCACACAUGAUGGCUCAUGAUACAGAAAUCAAUGUCACAUCUUUAUCACAUAUGGGGGGUUUGUACAAAAUAACUAAAUAAAUACUUCAUAUGACGACAACGAUCCUCCACAACACCAUAGUUGACUGGGAAACGACGACCUAGACCUCUCCGAAACUCAUUGUAGCAUCCUUCAUCUUUCUCCAUCGGUACUUGUUCAUGACCUGGUGUGAGUUUAGCAAGAGUGAGCUCACAUACGUUCAUCGCUCAACAAGUUGUGGGGGAUAAUGUGCAUGAGCUCACUUACGAUGGGGCUCAUGUGAAGUGUAAGGCUUACCAAGGAGAAAGUGGUUAAGGCUGAACAUUGCUUUUAAUAAGUUGGUUAAAAUUUUAUUAGCAAUUAGAUAAUUGAGCACAAUUGAUAAUAAAUCCCAACCCAAUUAGAUAAUUGAUCACAAUUGAUAAUAAAUCCCACAAUGCAAUGCAAAUGACAGAUUAAGUUUAAUUUCAUAAGUUACUCAUGUGAGGGUCCGAGCCGCUCUUGACCGUGAGCACGACUGAUAUACCAGUUUUACACUCUGCAGAGGUUGCACAUCUUUAUCCACAAGCCGUGAUACCUAUCUGCCACGGGGUUGUACGGACCUCAUACACCUCUACCGAGGAGGCGAGGCAGGGUAGCAUUACGAGGUCUUUCCAAAGUUCCACUAGCAUGAGAGAACUCGCUACGGAAUCAGGCAGGAGGGGGCAAUAUAGGAAUCCCUCAUUUGAAAAGCUAUCACACACAGAUCGACCCGAGAACCUUCCUAUACCGGCAGCUCCCCACACCCCGCUUGCCCCUUUCGGGAAAGGAUUAACUCACACUAGCUUUCCUAAUUAAUCAACCAAGGGCGUUCCUGUUGGGGACUUGUUCUCAAAUGCUAUGAAUCAAGAACAAGGCAACACAAAGUAUUAAAUGUUAAAGUCCUUUGUCCAUCGAAACAUUAUUUCCCUUAGGAUAUAACGAUCUUCGGACGAAGGUCAUGAAGGACAUACCUUCAUCAUCACGGUUAUAAGAUAAUAAAAGGUGAAACAUAUGAAACAUGAAAGAUAGCACGAACAAACACAUUAUGUCAUUCAUAUGUUUCAUUAUACAAACUUGAAUAUUUAAACACGAUGUUUAAUCAUAUUUAUACAUUUGGCUUGACAGAAGGCAAAAAUCCAAGUGUUGCGCGCGAGUGAUUACAUGAUAGCGUGAACAGUACAGGGGUACUGUUCAUCUAUUUAUAGGCACAGGACGCAGCCUGUUGGGAAUUACAUUCAUGCCCUUUACAAAGGUUUACAAUCAUAAUACAAAUUAUCAUGGGCCGAUUGGUCAUUUCAUCUUUAAGUCGGUGCCUUUGGAAAUGUACUCCGAAGCCUUCUGAUUGAUAGCUUCGGCUUUGUGUCAAUCUUCCGAAGGUGUUUCUUCUCAUGGGACCUUCGGCGACGAAGCAGACCCCCAACAGUUCCAUUCCACCCUUGUGGUAGCAAUGUUUUCUCGGUUGGUCGCUCUAUGUUCUAAUUAACACAAUAAUCUUAUCAUGGACAAUAAUUAAACCAACAAUAAUAAUGGAAUAUGAUCAUCAUUCAGAUAUAAUAUUAAUCCCAAAACUAGGUAGAGCAAUACCAAGAUUACCCAAUAGUUCAUUUGUUUGCAAGGUGUAGGGUGAACAAAACUAGGGUAACCUAUUAGGUCCCAUCAAGUUAAGCUGAGCAUGUCACGAUGAUUAUUGAGAACAUUAUUAGGUAAAGAAAGUGAUUAAGGGCGCAACUUGCCUUUUUGGUGCAACUCCAGUUACUUCUCCAAUGUUGGUCUUCAAAUUCCCGUCACCUCGUUUCUAUACGUAGCAAUACAUAUAGAUAGACAACGAGUACAUAAAAAUAACAUUACACCAAACAUGAAAAUAAUACGGUCAUGCUUUGAAAGUUCUUGAUUUGAUGAACAUCAAGACACUACCACCACAAUAUAUAUUGAAGCGAUGGACAUGAGAAGCAUACUAUGGAGAUGUAUAGGAUAACCAUGGAAGAAGCGUAAUUGAAAAUCCGAAGUUGGAUGCUAUGCAUCGUAAAAAUUAUCUCACUCAAAAAAUUCUCAGUUUCAUAGGGCAAGUAGCAAGUUCAUUGGAAUGGUGUUUGUUGAUAGAUAACAAACUUGACAUCCUCAUUAAGGAUGUUUUGGAGCAAUUCGAUGCUUCUGGAUGUAGGUCCUUGUGCAGCUCCUGUGGAUGUUCAGGUACCAGAUGAUGACCAACUGAGGAAUGAACGCCUAAAGAAGAAAAAAAAAGUUCAAACAAGAAGUUCACUCAGGCCAAGAACAUGGCUAGACAAGGAAAAAAGGAAGGAGCAGAGCACAAAAAAAACAAAGUUGCAAGAGAGCCAUGGCUCGCAAGCACAGGUAGCAGAAGACAGCACUUUCGAGCACAACAUGCGGGACUUCCAACAGUAUGAGAUUACAAAUAGCUUCACUCAACUGUUGCAGGAGACCGACUGCUCGCCUACCAGUCGAGGGGCCGACUGCCGAUGGUCCCAACAACUGCAUUCAGCAACAGCAAUGGUCCAAAACAGGACUACAGGAGUACCCUGUACCCGUAGCAGAUUGGCAGUAGUGUCUGCGGGCUGCGGCCCCUCCUCCACACGUGACGUGACACGUUGGUGGGGUCACCGUCCGGAACGUGCCAAACAGCUACAGGCAUCAGGGCUCGGUCGCGGUCGGCGUCGGCCCGACGGCCCCAAGCAGAACAAACAAGGGUCGCCUACUGCCGAGGCGUGCCCUCGUAUAUGGCCUGUCGCCUUCUACUGGUCCUCGUCUGGACUCCCACUGCUGCGGAGGCAAAUGUAUCAGAUGAAGUGAAUGCAUCAUCAUGGACCUGUGUGGUCCCCGCCGGCCGUGUGAGGCCAGGGCCCAGGCCGACUGGCCGUGGUGGUUAUUGAGGACGUGCAAAUUGAGGCCUGAUUGCACGCCAUGAUGUGUCACACCCGGGUUCCGUGGGUAGUAACGCGAAAAUAAAUCAUCAAGUAUGUUGCGAUCAAGUCUCACACAUAUAUUGACUCAUUAUAUAGAAACGAAUGUCAUAUCAUUUAUAUAUAACAGAGUGUUGUA